CACCCAUCAGCAACAGUCUGACAACAGUGCAGUCCCCACUGCUGAUAUGAGGAGCCAACCCCGGGACCCUGUUCGGCCACCAAGGAGGGGCCGAGGACCACAUGAGCCAAGGAGAAAAAAACAAAAUGUAGAUGGGCUAGUGCUGGACACACUGGCAGUAAUACGGACUCUUGUAGAUAAUCCCAGAUACUUGGGAAGUUGAGUGACAAGGAUCACUUGAGUUGGGGAGAUCAAGACCAGCCUGGGACACAUAGCAGCAGCCUGUGUCAAAAACAGAAAAAUGAAAGAUAAGUUCUUCCAGUUCUCUUAUCAUUUGUUUCUUUUUGUCUGUAUCAGAAGAAUAGUGUUUUAUGUAUUAUUUUUAUAUUUACAUAGCUGAUUUAGUUUUAUAAAGCUCUUUAACUUUUCUUAACAUUACAUUCAAGACCUAUAUGGUUGUGUGUAAAUCUACAACUACUUCUGACUGCUAUAGCAUAUUCCUUUGUAUAUCUUUCUGAAAGUACUAUAUUUUGUUGUUUUCAUCUGGUGAGAGUCACUUAAGUUCCUGCCACACGUCGUUCCUGCAAAUAACCAUGCAAAAUAUGCAAAAAAUAUACAUGUUUAUGGACCUAUGUAAAAGUAUCUAGAAUUGACUGUGUGCAUAUUUAAUUUCAUUAUUGCUAGAUUGUUCUCCAGAAGUGUUCUCCUCAGUCACUUAUGUUGUUUUAAUUCUUUAUAGAUAAUAAUUUCCCCUUAUUAUAAAAGAACAAAGAAUAUAUCUGGUGAUCAGCAUGUAAUAAGUCCUUCAAAUGAACAUAUUAAUGCCCAUAUAAUCAACUUAUUUUGAGGAUUAAAUGAUUUAAGAUAGUAGUCUUUAUGGGUUUUUUUUCCACAGCAGAAAACAGAUUCAAAAUAGUAAGCAAAUAAAUGGUAAGUGCUUAAGCAAUUAGAAUUAUCAUUGUUUGUAGACAAUAUUUCAGUACUGAAGUUCCCUGAAGCACUUCCUGAGGAUUUCUGAGACCCCAGCUUGAGGACCCAUGGAAUUAAGUGAUCAGGAACCUCCCUAUUCAAUGAUUACAUUACACGAAAUGGCAGAAACAGAUGAAGGAUGGUUGGACGUUGUCCAGUCUUUAAUUAGAGUUAUUCCAUUGGAAGAUCCAUUGGGACCAGCUGUUAUAACAUUGUUACUAGAUGAAUGUCCAUUGCCCACUAAAGAUGCACUCCAGAAACUAACUGAAAUUCUCAAUUUAAAUGGAGAAGUAGCUUGCCAGGACUCAGGUCAUCCUGCCAAACACAGGAACACAUCUGCAGUCUUAGGCUGCUUGGCUGAGAAACUAGCAGGUCCUGCAAGUAUAGGUUUACUUAGCCCAGGAAUACUGGAAUAUUUGCUGCAGUGUCUGAAGUUACAGUCCCACCCCACAGUCAUGCUCUUUGCACUUAUCGCACUGGAAAAGUUUGCACAGACAAGUGAAAAUAAAUUGACUAUCUCAGAAUCCAGUAUUAGCGACCGGCUCGUCACAUUGGAGUCGUGGGCUGAUGAGCCUGAUUAUUUGAAACGUCAAGUUGGUUUCUGUGCCCAGUGGAGUUUAGACAAUCUCUUUUUAAAAGAAGGUAGGCAGCUGACCUACGAGAAAGUGGACUUGAGUAGCAUUAGGGCCAUGCUGAAUAGCAAUGAUGUCAGCGAGUACCUGAAGAUCUCACCUCAUGGCUUGGAGGCUCGCUGUGACGCCUCCUCUUUUGAAAGUGUUCGUUGUACCUUUUGUGUGGAUUCUGGGGUUUGGUACUAUGAAGUGACAGUGGUCACUUCUGGCGUCAUGCAGAUUGGCUGGGCCACUCGAGACAGCAAAUUUCUCAAUCAUGAAGGCUAUGGCAUUGGGGAUGAUGAAUACUCCUGCGCAUAUGAUGGCUGCCGGCAGCUGAUUUGGUACAAUGCCAGAAGUAAGCCUCAUGUACACCCAUGCUGGAAAGAAGGAGACACAGUAGGAUUUCUGUUAGAUUUGAAUGAAAAGCAAAUGAUCUUCUUUUUAAAUGGUAACCAGCUGCCUCCUGAGAAACAAGUCUUUUCAUCUACUGUAUCUGGAUUUUUUGCUGCAGCUAGUUUUAUGUCAUAUCAACAAUGUGAGUUUAAUUUUGGAGCAAAACCAUUCAAAUACCCACCAUCUAUGAAAUUUAGCACUUUUAAUGACUAUGCCUUCCUAACAGCUGAAGAAAAAAUCAUUUUGCCAAGGCACAGGCGUCUUGCUCUGUUGAAACAAGUCAGUAUACGAGAAAACUGCUGCUCCCUUUGUUGUGAUGAGGUAGCAGACACACAGUUGAAGCCAUGUGGCCACAGUGACCUGUGCAUGGAUUGUGCCUUGCAACUGGAGACCUGCCCAUUGUGUCGUAAAGAAAUAGUAUCUAGAGUCAGACAGAUUUCUCAUAUUUCAUGACACCUGUGAAGUUGCAUCAUGGACUUAAUUCUACUCAAUUCCAGCCAAUGUCAAAAAGAAAAACAAAGAAAAAAAAAUCUCUAAUCAGUUGUACGCACAUUGAAACUUACAGCCAUGGCCAGGUUUUAUGCUAAAAAUAUGAUAGUUUGUCAGAGACAAAACUCUUAGAAUCUAAUCCAACUUGCCAGCCCUGAGAAAUUCCUUUAAGGCCAAGAAAGCUGAAUGCUAGCAGCCAGGUCUGUGGUAUUUCCAUGAAAAACAGUAGGAGACAAUGGCCUCCUGAGUGCCGAAACCACACCGGAAUUCUCCAUGCUGGGUUCAUCAUUUGAUCGUUUAACACAGGAUGUUUUGUGUCAUAGUCUAAAGUUUUUAUUUUGGGGAGAAGUCAUUAUGGAGAAGUCAUUGACAGCGUUUCUGGGUUAAGCAUACUUCUCACUGGUCAGAGAGACACCGGUGUAUUAAGCAUGGAUGUUGCACUGUAAGACUUGAAUCUAAAAAUUAGAUUCAUACAGGUCAAUCCUACAAGCAACAUGGAGAACCUGAAAGAAGGUGCAUAGACUGUAGAAAAAAACCCAAAUUUUUUUAUAUUUCUGUGAUUCCAAAGAACAUUCUAGUUUUUUUUAACUGCAGAAAAUUGGUGGUAUUUUCACAUUCAUGGUGUUUCUAUCCAAUUUCAGUACCCACAUUUUGUGAGGAAAAAAAUGUUUUACCAAUGCAGGAGGGAUUCUUAAAUUAGUUGCAAUGUUAGACUGGUAUUUAGGGUAUUUUUAAAGUACCAUCAAAUCAGGUUUUUGUUUUUUGUUUAAAAGUUUUUUUAAACAGUAUUGUUUUUGGAAGUAAUAUACUUUGAAACUCUCGAAUUAAUAGUCUCAAAAACUCUAGAGGACAGUCUGAAAACACGUAUUCCUAUUGUUUUAAAUAAAUACAUGUUUUUGAAUAUUGAAUUCAAUCAUGGAUUGUUGACUAUGUCUUCAUCAAAAGUGUUUAUCCCUCUCAGGGUCUCUGGUGAAGACCUUCAAGAGUUCAGUUUUUUCUCCCAGAAAAUUGGAAGGUAGAAUUGUAAAUUCAUAGACUUAUUUUAUAAUGGUGUACCUCAGCAGCUGCCUUUCAAUUUAUGCCAAGUCCUUACUGAGUUUAUACUUGAAUAGUAAAUAUGUCUUCUGAGUUUUACAGUGUCUUAAACUCAAUGCACAUUUUUUUCUUCCUUUACCACCCUUUCUUGUUUGUAGUCUAUUAAACCUGUCCUAUUACA